AUGCCUUUAUCUAUUUGCGAAAAGCUUAAUAUGGGAGAGUUAAGACCAAUAAAGAUGUCAGUACAACUUACAGACCAUUCUGUCAAGUAUCCUGUAGGCGUCCUUGAAAACGUUCCCGUCCGCAUAGGACAAUUUUACAUCCCUACAAGUUUCAUAAUUAUGGACAUAAAAGAAGACGUCAAUACCCCUAUAAUCUUAGGAAGACCGUUUCUGGCCACCGCUGGAGCCAUUAUAGACGUAAAGAAAGGCAAGCUGACAUUUGAAAAAGGCGAAGAGAAAGUCGAGUUUAUUCUGACACAAUUCCUUCAAGCCCCGGCUAUAGAUGAUACAUGCUAUCUAGUGGACAUUAUUGAUGAAUGUAUAAGAGAGAUAGGAUUAUCAGAGGAAUCUUACUCUGAUGUUAUAAAGAUUCCAACGCCCCUGAUUUUCGAAGAUGACAAUUGGCGUUCAGAAUAUCGAGACGAUAGCUUAAGCGAAUGUUUGGCUUUAACACCCAACCAUAUGCCUUGCCCAAAUCCUAUAGAGAACAUCAAAGGAGGAUCAACCCAAUCCUGA